GACGGUUACACUAGAAACAAAGGCGGAAAAUGCGUGAAAACAUCCUUAUACUUUCCAGUCCCUAAUUCUCUUGAUCAGAAACAGGUACACUGAUUUGAGAAAUUAUCCGUGGAAGCUGAAGGCAGUCAGCGCCACCCUAAACACGCGCUUUCACUGGUUAAGAACGCGGAAGAAAUGGGCGGGUCUUGAGCGCUCAGCACAGCGGCCAAUAGCGUAGUGCGAAGGGGAUGAUUGACGCGGCUUAACCCACCAAUCAGCGCAAUCCAAACCAGCGCGUGAACAACCCACCUAGCAGGGUGUAUAUAUACAGCGAUGACAGCUCGCUAAUCCACUGCGUUUGCUUCAACAGCCCAGCGCAAAGAGGAAAUCUCGAACACAAAGGCGACUCUUUCAACGAAACCGUUCCUUACAGAGCUGUCAACAUGAAGGCAAUAAGCCCAGUGAGGUCUUUCCGGAAAAGUAGCGCGACUGUGACGGAGCACAGUCUGGGAAUCUCACGGAGCAAGACCCCCGUGGACGAUCCACUGAGCCUGCUCUACAACAUGAACGACUGCUACUCUAAACUGAAGGAGCUGGUGCCGAGUAUCCCGCAGAACAAGAACGUGAGCAAAAUGGAAAUCCUGCAACAUGUCAUCGAUUAUAUCCUGGACCUGCAGAUUGCACUUGACUCGAAUUCGGCGAUCACCAGCCUGCAUCACCCGCGAGCAGGGCAGGGGACAUCCAGAACACCCCUGACAACACUCAACACAGACAUCAGCAUCCUCUCAUUACAGACACCUGAGUUUCAAUCAGAUUUGAUCACAGAGGACAGCAGGACACUUUACCGUUAAUCAGGUGUUUGGUUAAGACACAAGAACACACAGGACCUGGGAACUGGCUUUUCCUCCAAUUUCUGUUCUCAGUCUGGAGUUUUUUUUCUUCUUUCUUUCCUGUAAUUGAAUCAAGAGACUUUUUUUGUUGCUUCUAAAAGGACAAUCCAUGUGAUGUGUUAUAAGUUCGGACAUUGAUUAUUUAUCUUCUAAAAAGAUUUAUUUGGUCCUUUCUUCAAGAGGAAGAAGCACUAUUCCCUGAAAAUAGGAGGGAAACCUGUAAAUGAUCGCAAGGAACCUUUUCUCUGCAUUGAGAAGAAGUCUUACCUUUUUUUUCGUGAAGAACGUGUGAAUAGGAGACGACGUGGUUAGUUACUGUACAAAGUUUAAGUCUGUUUUUGUCAAUUCUUUUGGCACAUGAAGGACUGGACGUUGAAAAUGACAUGAUGAAACCUUGUGAACUCUCAGAGUUUUAUCUUGUAUAGUUGCAGAAAUUGGACUGUCAGUAUCUGCAAAGUGUUAUGCUGUAUGCUGAGACUUUUUAUAAAAGUAUAUUGUAAAUCGUACCUUUUUUUUUUUUAUACAAAAUAAAUCAAAUGCUUUAUUUGA